UCUCCCCAAAAAUUUCAUACUUCACAUUUUCUCAACAUUAUUUUUCUAGGGUUCAUUUCCCCUCACUCACUCGUAGAAAUCUCAGGUAGUCGACGACGACAAAGAAGAUUUAUAGUGUGUAAAUAGUAGCAAUAGUGAAUGAAACUGAGUAUGGCAUCUACUUCCGGUACUAAACCGAUGGACGAACCUUCUACUUCCGGUACUAAAGAAACCGACGAACUUUCGACUUCUUCUUCUGUAAAAGAUUUGAUAGAACAUGUGUUUUCUUGGAGUAUUCAAGAUAUACUCAACGAUGAUCUCUACAAAAACAAGGUGGAAAAAAUACCAAAGCGUUUUGAAUCCGUGCAACAUUAUCUUAUACUAUGCCGUUACUCGAAGAAACUCGCAUGGAGAUUUGUGCGCAAAUGGAGUUUAUGUCAGGUGUACCUCAUGCUGAAGUAAUCUCAGUAGAGGAGUCUAAGCUGCAUGAGGGGUCAUUCUUGUAUUGCGUCAAGGUCAAUUCCUGGAGAAACCGGUAUGGAGUAUAUGACAAAGAACCAUACAGUCCGAAACCUUGGGAUCUGUUUAUUUUGGGUGAUACUGUACCCGAGGUUGCUUCGGACUUGCAGCGGUUUGGAAGCAGUUGGUCUUUGGUUUCAGUUGUAGAAGAUGCGAAAGAGUCCGAUUCUGUGGGGGACGAAGACAAACUCACAUACUUUCAGGUUAAGACCCCAAAGCCCAUAAAGAUAGAGAUGAAAGAGGGCAUGAGGAAAUCACUUUUUGUAGUAUUUCUGGUAAACUUGGCGACAAAUACUAGAACGUGGAAGGCGCUACAUAUGUUUGGAAACUUGAAUAUUAUCAAGGAAGUUUUGUGUGCCGAUUCCAUGGUAAAGGAAAAGUGUGGCCUCUGUUCUACACAAGAUGACAGGAGUUGGGAUGGAAAAGUUGAUUCACAAUUACUGGCUCUUAAUGAAUCUCAAAGAGCUGCAAUACUUGGGACUAUAUCUGCAGUGCAUUGUAACCACAGGUCUUCUGUGAAACUUGUCUGGGGUCCACCUGGGACAGGGAAAACCAAAACCAUCAGUGUAUUAGUGUAUAGCUUGCUGAGCAUGAAUUGUAGAACCCUUGCUUGUUCCCCAAAAAGCAUUGCAGUUGCUGAACUUGCGUUACGUAUCUUAAACCUUCACAAAGAUGCUUGCGAAUCAAACUUGGGAAAGAGCAAGGCAGGUUGUUCAUUAGGGGACUUUCUCAUAUUUGGGAGUAUGGAUAAAUUGGAGUUUUGUGAUGAUCUUCGAAAGAUUUAUGUGGAUUAUCGUGUGGACAGUCUUGUAGAGUGUUUUGCUCCAUUAACUGGUUGGAAGAAACAUUUCGAUUCCAUGGUGGAUUUUCUUGAAGAUUGUGCAUCUCAGUAUCGUUUGCUUUUGGAUCAUGUUACGGAUGAUAUUGGAACUGAUUCUGACGUCCACAUGUCACUUUUCAAGUUUGCAAAAGACCGUUUCAGAGCUUUAGCGGUACCACUCAAAAGAAGCAUCAGAAUAAUAUGCACUCAUCUCCCUAAGAGACUUAUUUUGCUGGACAAUUUCGAAAAGUUGGUUACUCUUUGUGGUUUGCUUGAAUCUUUUGAAAUUUUGCUCUCCCAAAGUCAGGUGGCUGACAAGGAAUUAGAAGAACUCUUUGCACGACAAGAAGAUUAUGUCGAGGCACAACGAAGUACAGCCUUUAAUCAUAUAUCAGCCACAUUACACAAGAUGAGAAUUGAAAGUGUGCAGGUUCUAAGAUCUGUUGGUCAUUCUCUAAGUAGUCGCCUUCCAAGUUCCUCAAAUAGAAGUUUGUUAACAGAGUUCUGUUUGAAAAAUUCAUCUCUCAUCUUUACCACUGUGUCAAGUUCAUAUAAUCUGCAUGUGGUAAACCUGGAACCACUGGAUUUAUUGGUAAUUGAUGAAGCUGCUCAGUUGAAAGAGUGUGAAUCAGUGAUUCCAAUGCAGCUUGAAGCCAUACGACACGUUGUACUAAUUGGCGAUGAGUGCCAUCCACGUGCUAGGGUCAGAAGCAGGGUAUCUGAUGAAGCUGACUUUGGAAGAAGUCUCUUUGAAUGAUUAAGUUCGUUUGGGCAUUCGGAAGAUGCUCUCAACAUGCAGUACAGAAUGCAUCCUGAAAUAAGCUCCUUUCCAAAUCGCAAAUUUUAUAAAGACCAGAUUAUAGAUGCUCCUAGUGUUCUCUGUGAAAAUUUUAAAA